ACCCACGUAGCUAAAGGAGCCAGUCAAUGAGCCGAACUGUUCCUCCAUUCCAUUCCAUCCCUCUCCAUCUCUUUCCAUCUCUCUCUCUCUCUCUAAAGCACACUCUUUAUUUCUCUCUCUACACUGCUCUGAAGGCACUGAAUCAAUCUUCUUCUCCUCAUCAUCACCAUCUCUCUACCCUUCUCAAGCAUUCAACCAACAGUAGAAUGGCCAUGCAAACAGCAACUCUUCCUAUUCCUCCCACUGCUCAAGUGGUUGGAAAUGCUUUUGUCGAGCAGUAUUACCAUAUUCUUCACCACUCACCGGAGUUGGUUCACCGGUUUUAUCAAGAUUCAAGUGUGCUAAGUCGGCCAGAGACCAAUGGUGUAAUGAUGUCGGUGACGACGAUGAAAGGCAUCAAUGACAAGAUUUGUUCCUUCGAUUACAAGAACUACAAGGCAGAGAUAAAGACUGCAGAUGCUCAGGAGUCUUUCAAGGAUGGGGUGAUUGUUCUAGUCACUGGGUGCUUAACUGGAACAGACAACAUAAGAAGGAAAUUCGGACAAACUUUUUUCCUUGCUCCACAAGACAAAGGGUACUUUGUCUUGAAUGAUGUUUUUAGGUAUAUGGAAGAUAGUGAUCCAUUGGAAAGUAAUAAGGUGACAGUUAAUGGAAUGCAUGAGGCCCCGUUAGCUCCCCAGAUGCCUGAUCCAGAGUCUGUUCAUGUUUUUGAUCCUCCAAUGGUGGAGGAUUCUACAACUUCUCUCAUAGAGGAGGUUCAAAAUGUUGAAGAGAAAGCUCAUGAUCCAAUGGACAAUGAGAGACAAUUGUUUUAUGAGAAAGAAGUGAUUGUGGAUCCUGAACCUCUUUCAAACAAGAAUCACCUCCCUGCAGUUACAGAAUCAGCUUCAUCUACUGCCCAAGAGGAUACUCCAAAGAAGUCUUACGCGUCAAUUGUAAGUUCACAAACAAAGAAAGGGGGUUCAGGGACUAUUAAAGUUUAUGUACCAGCUAAUACUUCCAGAGUGGCUCAUACAAAGACUGUGAAACAGACUCUGGGUUCAGUAGCACAUGCUCCAAUGCCUGAAGCAUCGUCACCUAGUGCUUCUGGUAGCGUCAAUGCCCUUGAAAGUGGGAAUGCUCAGGAGGAAGUUGAGGGUCACUCCAUUUAUGUCCGGAACUUGCCUCUAAAUGUGACGGUUGCUCAGCUGGAGGUGGAGUUUAAGAAAUUUGGACCAAUUAAGGAAGGAGGUGUCCAAGUUAGAAGUAACAAGCAACAGGGUUUCUGUUUUGGCUUUGUUGAAUUUCUAAGUUUGAACUCCAUGAAUAAUGCAAUUCAGGCUUCACCCAUUUCUAUUGAGGGCAGGCAAGCUGUUGUUGAGAUAAAGAGAACUACCACUCGAGUUGGCAGUGGGAGAGGUAGGUUUCCUCCUGUGAGAGGAGGGUUUCGAAGCGAUAGUUUUAGGGGCCGCAGAAACUUUGCUGGUGGACGGGGCUAUGGAAGAAAUGAAUUUGGGAACCGGGGUGACUUUUCAGGCCGAGGUAGAGGUCCAGGUGGACGCAGUGGAGAAGGUUAUCAGCAAGGAAGAGGGAGAGUUGGUCAUCGAGGUGAAUUUAAUCAGAAUGCCGUUUUAGCGUGAAGAAGUGCAUGUAGAGAUUUUUUGACACCAAUUUUUGCCGAGUGUUGUUUUUCUUGCCAUGAUCAACACUUGAAGGUUAAUGACUUAAUCGUAGCGACUUCAUCAGAAAGUUAAGAAGGUUUCUGACUCUUGAGUCGGGGUUGGCUGGAGAAAGGCAUUCGCUGUAGUUUCACGUAAUUCUUUUCUAAAGAAUUUUGUGUAGGGUGGUGGCCUUUCCUCACAGGGUAGAUUGUAACUCUACCGAAUCUUCAUGUCAUUUUCUGGUUUAUGAUAGUAAUUCUCUCAUUGAAGUUGAGAAAUUGUAGAUCUAAACUGUUCAGUAGAUGACGAUGGAUAUCAUAUGGGUUUUUGUUUUUUGCA